ACGGAGUUUAAAAACGUCCUUAUGCUGGUGAAAGAAGGGUUUGCUUCCGCAUGGUUUGAUCUUGAUACUGGUCGGUGAUAGGCGGUGGGAUAAUACAGCCGGUGGGUUUGUUUUGUGCGCGGUGUGAGGAUGCCGUCACGGGUCGAGGAUUAUGAAGUCUUGUACACGAUCGGCUCCGGCUCCUACGGGAAAUGCCAGAAGAUUCGCAGGAGGUCGGACGGGAAGCUGUUGGUAUGGAAAGAACUGGACUAUGGAACAAUGACGGAGGCAGAGAAACAGAUGCUGGUCUCUGAAGUGAACCUGCUGCGAGAACUCAAGCACCCAAACAUCGUCCGCUAUUAUGACCGCAUCAUCGAUCGGACAAACACUACUCUGUACAUAGUGAUGGAGUACUGCGAGGGGGGGGACCUGGCCAGCCUCAUUGCUAAAUGCACUAAAGAAAGGCAAUAUUUAGAAGAAGACUUUAUCCUACGUAUGUUUUGCCAACUGGCCCUGGCCCUUAAAGAUUGCCAUAAAAGGAGUGAUGGUGGCCACACUGUGUUGCAUCGAGACCUGAAACCUGCCAACAUAUUUCUAGAUGCCAAAAACAAUGUGAAGCUUGGAGACUUUGGACUGGCCAGAAUACUGCAUCAUGACUCGAGUUUCGCAAAGACUUUUGUCGGCACCCCAUAUUACAUGUCCCCAGAACAGAUGAACAGAAUGUCGUACAAUGAGAAAUCCGAUAUCUGGUCGUUGGGAUGCCUCCUGUAUGAACUCUGUGCUCUCUCGCCUCCGUUUACGGCUUACAAUCAAAAGGAGCUGGCAGAAAAGAUCAGAGAAGGACGGUUUAGGCGCAUUCCAUAUCGCUAUUCAGAAGAGCUUAAUCAAGUAAUCACGAACAUGCUACAUCUAAAGGACUAUUUAAGGCCUUCUAUAGAAGAAAUUUUGCAGCAUCACUUAUUAGCAGAGUUUGUCAGGGAAGAGCAAAAGAAAACUGAAAAGAAGGUAUGGAAAGCCACAGAGCAGGAAAAGCUCUCGACGCCAGACCCUGUUCCCUCAGAGCUCCGGUUAAAGGAACAGCAACUGCAAUCAAGAGAGCGGGCCUUAAAGGAAAGGGAAGAUCGUCUGGAGCAAAGGGAACGAGAACUCUGCGUGCGCGAAAGGAUGGCAGAAGAUAAAAUUGCCAGGGCAGAAAGCCUGGUGAAGAAUUUUAACUUGAUGAAGGAACAGCACCUGUUUCAAGCCGCCCUAGAAAAUGGCAUAGAUGCCUACACAGAGAGUUCCUCUACGCGGAGCAGACGCCAUGUUCAUUUUGGGAGUAACAGUAAAGAGAAUCGCAGUUCAGAUCGCUAUCUGGAGCAAGAGAAGUGCAGCGACUUGCAGAAACGGCUGCAGGCUGCAAACCUACGUGCCAAAGCUUUGUCUGAGCUGGAAAAGAAUUAUCAGCUGAAGAGCCGGCAGAUACUGGGCAUGCGCUGAGUCUUACUUGCUUAUGUAACGCUACAUAAUAUGGGGAGGGGAAAAAGAAAAACUGUUUUGUUCUAGAAAUUGCUGUUAUUGCUCAGUUCUUCCUUAUAAGCAGAUAUCACCGAGUGCACCUUUCUCUAAUUUAUUGCUGAGUGUAAUAUUGAGCCAGUAGGAUAAGCUGUAAUGAAUCAAACACUACUUCUCUAUAGUGUUAUCAACAGAACAUAUCCACCUACUGGGAGAGGGGAUUCAAACAGAAUGGAAGGGUGUGAUGAAUGGUUCUCUAUAUGGCAGGUGCAUUCAGAUUUUUCUCGAUCAACCUUUAAGUGGGGUUUACAUGUUAAAUGAUGCAGAGCCAACGAAUGAGACUAAACUGUCACCUAAAAGACUCAAAAUGCAUCUGAGAAAGAGAGAUAAUGCUCUAGCCACAACCUUCUUGUGAUGAGUGAGCUGUGACUGCCCAGCUAUAUACUACUGUAAGAUACAGGGCCCUGUUGGGGUCAGAGGCUUUUCACCCAUCAUGAGGUGAGAAUUCCGUACACACAAUCAUACCAAUUAAUGAGCCCCAGUGACUUUUUGUAUAGAAAUGAUUUCCGCAGGGGAGUGGUUUCCCUUGUGCUACUGUACCGCUGACAAUUCGACUGGGAAUGUUUGGACAUUUUACGGUGGUUCAGUGCUAUUUAUAGUCAUGUUUUAUUAUUUUAUAUAAAAAAAAAGUUUUAUUUCA